CGAGAUGUCACACGAGCCGCUCGCGUGCGCAUCAUGCUGCGCUAUAAAGGCGGAGGCCGGGAGUCUGAGGCAGAGCGGACUGAGGGCUGCAGGAGGCGGAAGGACUCUUUUCAUUCUUUAUCUUUCACUGUUUGGUUUCGGUUGUUCUGCUGACCUGACCAUGCCAGCAGGAACUUUAGAAAGAUCCUCCCCAGCUGCCGUGGCUGCGAUCCCGGCCAGAGGCGACGCCACACCGGGGAAACCCCGCAUCCCGUCAGAGAGCAGAAAGUCCUCUAAACCAAUUAUGGAGAAGCGGCGACGCGCCCGGAUCAAUGAGAGCCUGGGUCAGCUGAAGACCCUCAUCCUGGAGGCCCUCAGGAAAGACGUAAGGAGUUAUGCUGCUAUAGGCUUAGACUGCGUGUGCCCUGCAUUAAACACAGACCCAUCCAACCUGGGGAAAUACAGAGCCGGAUUCAGCGAGUGCAUCGGGGAGGUCACCCGUUUCCUGUCCACGUGCGAAGGGGUCACUGCAGAGGUCCGAACCCGCCUCCUCAGCCACCUGGCUGCCUGUGUGGCGCAGAUCCAUUCCUUGAACCUAAGCAGCCCUGGCUUCGGCGAGCUGGGACAGACCGGCGGCGUGCCGGUCGCAGCGCACCCAGGCCUUCAGCUUCCGCUCAAAGGUGUCUCGGUUUGCCCCGAAGCACCAAAGCUGUAUGGAGGCUUCCAGGUCGUGGCGUCGCCAGACGGACAGUUUGCUUUUCUUAUUCCCAACGCUGCUCUCACACCUCUGAGUGUCCAAAACAGCCAUCCGCUGUCGCCCGCUGCACCUGCCGUCACUUCAGACUCUGUGUGGAGACCGUGGUAGAAACCAUAAAAAGGACAAUGAAUCCAGGAAUCUUAUUUUUUUAUACUUUGUAAAUAAGUUUUUUUUUUUUACGUCAAUGUUUUUAUUUGUAUAUAUGCACAGGAAGAGAUGCUCCUCUGCCUCUUUAGUGGGCUUAAAUAAAUCCUGGUCAAGUUUUUGGAAAGCACUGCAUGUUCAUAAAUAAUAAAAAUGUGUUCUUUAAUGUGUAAAUACAAUAAAAAACAUAGAAUUGAUUGCAAUGUGAAAUUUAAAAAUGAGCUACAGUUUAAGUUUGGUUUAGACGUGUCUAGUUAGCACUUUUCUGGGUCCAGCGAGGAAACAGGUAAGCCGACACGUCUAAGGUUCAAGUUUAAUUAGGUUGCUUAAAAGUUCUAAAAAUUAAAUUAUUAGCAUUUAAUUCAUAUGUAGAAAAGAAUAAAGAAUAGAACAGUAAAUCCAUUUAUUGCUCCACAAUGGGGAAAUUACAGCAGCAAGAAGUGGUCACUAAAUGUGGACCUUAGAAAGUGUAUAAAAAUAAC